UGCUGAUCGUGGGCUGCCGGCUGGAGUCGGGCGGCCCGGUGCGGAGCAGCGUGGUCCAUCCAGUGACUGACUGACAGACACCCACCGGAGAAAAAGUUACUCUGAGUUCGCGGACACACUGCCAACAUGUCUGGAGAUGACGAGACACAGGAGCAGACCAUCGCUGAUGACUUGGUGGUCACCAAGUACAAGAUGGGGGCCGAGAUAGCAAACCAGGCUCUGAAGAAUGUAGUUGCGGCAGCUACUGCAGGAGUGGCUGUCCUCAGCCUCUGUGAAAAGGGAGAUGCCUUCAUCAUGGCAGAAACAGGGAAAAUUUUCAAGAAGGAAAAAGAGAUGAAGAAAGGUAUCGCUUUUCCUACUUGUGUGUCAGUUAACAACUGUGUAUGCCAUCACUCCCCUCUGAAGAGCGACCCUGACAUCAUAUUGAAGGAUGGUGACGUUGUAAAAAUUGAUCUGGGUGUGCAUGUCGACGGCUUCAUCUCAAAUGUGGCUCACACCUUUGUUAUUGGAGUGACCAAGGAAAACCCACUAACGGGGAGGAAAGCUGACGUCCUCAAAGCAGCUCACCUCUGCGCUGAGGCAGCUCUGCGUCUUGUCAAACCAGGAAACCAGAACACACAGGUCACAGAAGCCUGGAACAAGAUCGCAAAGUCCUUCAAGUGCUCCCCUAUAGAGGGUAUGUUAUCCCAUCAGCUCAAACAACAUGUGAUUGAUGGGGAGAAAACUAUUAUCCAAAACCCAACGGACCAGCAAAAAAAGGACCAUGAGAAGGCUGAGUUUGAAGUGCAUGAGGUAUACGCAGUGGAUGUUCUUAUCAGCACCGGAGAAGGGAAGGCAAAGGAUGCAGGCCAAAGGACCACCGUUUACAAAAGAGAUCCCAACAAGGUCUACGGUUUGAAGAUGAAGACGUCCCGGACCUUCUUCAGUGAGAUGGAGAGACGCUUUGAUACGAUGCCUUUCACUCUGAGAGCGUUUGAGGAUGAAGGAAAGGCCAGAUUGGGUGUGCUGGAGUGUGCCAAACAUGAGCUGCUGCAGCCAUUCAGUGUACUGCAUGAGAGAGAGGGUGAAUUCGUUGCCCAGUUCAAAUUCACCGUUCUGCUCAUGGCAAAUGGACCACUAAGAAUCACCAACAGCCUCUUUGAGCCAGAGCUGUACAAGUCUGAGCAUGAAGUGGAGGACCCUGAUCUGAAGGCUUUGCUGCAAAGCUCGGCAAGCCGGAAGACACAAAAGAAAAAGAAAAAGAAGGCCUCAAAGACUGUGGAGAGUGCAACAGGACAGCCAAUGGAGACUGAAGAAGCAGAAUAGAAGAUCUCGCCAGGAAUUUCUAACAGACAUCUGAUGACCCAAAGAACAGACGUCAUAAAUCCUUCUGUCCCAGCUGUCUGGGGCAUCUGCGGGCGAAGCCGCUGUGAAAAUCACCGAAUUCAACUGAUGUCAGCCUGGGAUGAUGCUGCUCCUAAAUUGUGUCGCUCCGGCUAAAAUAAAAUACACAAUGAACUCACACACAUGCCCUUAGUAAAUCUCAUUGUCCUUCAGACAGCCGUUUCCCUGCAAUAGUGGGCACGAUUCCACUACAAAGGAGGAUAUUUUGUACAAGGACUUAUCCUCAACUAGACCGUUUCCAACUGACCUUGAGCCUCUACCUUUCUUUCCACAGUAACUGUAGUGAAAGAUAAUAGAAAAUAAAUGAGUUUCACAGAGCAGCCAAGGAUGAUGAAUGCACAAUAAUGUGUCAUUGUAAUUGUGUGGGACAUACAUUAUUCAUAAACAUCACACCAUGUCUUUGAAGUGAGUGUUAACCUGUUGUGGGCAGAAAUGCAUAACGCUUAUUUUUUAAACCAUGUCAUAGCCUCUUCACAACUUAGAAAGACAUCAUCAGUUCUCAUGACUCUUGAGUUGAGCGCAAUUACUGCAUUUAUACUGCUCUUGCUUCCUGUCUGUACUAGCACAUUGUGUAUAUGUGUAGGAAUCUAGGUUACUCAGCUUAAAAUUUGUGAAACUGACAUCUGAAGACCUUAAAGUUAGUGAUUUUAACAGGUAGGAAAAAGGGUUUCUUUUUCUCAGUUGUGGAUGGUCCUAACUCCUGGUUCAGACCUCUGGUGCCACCACUGAGUCAGACAGUCUUUGUUUACAUAAGAUCUCCAUACCUGGAAAAUAUAAUGGAUGCUUUUGUAAAACAAAUCCCAGUUUCAGAGACUAUUUUUGGAAACAUUAAAAAGCCACCUGACAUCA